CCCCAAGACAUUUUUGGCCGAUAACACCAAUUUUCCUAUCAUUAGAGGCCGUUAGGACAACAACAAGUCCAUUAUGGACAAUGCAAUAUCACUUUGCUUGACAAGCUAAGCUUGGUGAGUGUUUUUUUUAUUUCACUUUUUUUGUUAGUUGAAAAAUCAGGGAGCUAUUUUUACUAGUUGCAUGGGAAAGGUCAGAAAGUAUACUGACCAAGAGUAACAGCCGAGAUCAGUAUUGUCAGAUGCCCCUGUAGCAAAAUGUCCUAAAUCAUAUUUACUUUUAAUUUACAGAUCCUGGAAAGAGAGGAGCUCCCAAAAAGAGAUGCCAUAGCUGCAAUGGUAACAAUGCCCUUGCACGAAGAGUUUGUACAACGUGCAAGGCCACUUUCCCUCCCCCCAAAAAGAAGGAAAUGAGGGGGGAUGGGAAUAUCACCCACCAAAGAGGACAUCUUUUCGAUAGGGCAGAUGUCCUUCAAAAGGAGCACAUCCUGCUACGGCACAAGAGGAAGGGGCCUGAAGUUUAUCGGGGACCAGCAGGAGGCCAAACCUGACGAGGAUGGCCAACUUGCCUUCCGCUUGUUUGAUAGAUUCAUGAGAGCCCAAAGAAAAACACCCGCGGCAACAACACCACCCACGGUUGCACCCGCGGCGACAACACCACCCACGGCAGCACCCGCGGCGACAACACCACCCACGGGGGCACCCGCGGCGACAACACCACCAACGGGGGCACCCGCGGCGACAACACCAACCGAGGCGGCGUCAACAUGAACAUAGCAUGCUCCAUGUACAAAACAAAAUCAAUCAGUUUAUUUUUCAA